GUGUAGUGUCACGCUCUGCCCACUUGCCACCAUGAGCCCAUCCAACAAGGAUCUACUGCAAUUUUUCUGCCUCUUGCUCCGGCAAAGCAUUCCUUAGUUGGUGUCAGAGGGAAAGAAGACUAAACGGAGCCAUUUUGACAUUUAAUUCGCUGCUGGCAGUGAUAAUAGUGGGAUUUAGUAUUAUUUUGUUAGCUUGUGUUUGCUGGACGAUAUGGCGGCAGCUCGAAUGUUUGGCGAUGAUAAAUGAAGACUUUAAAAUACAACAGCGCUUAGCAUUGGAAUCUAUCCAUUGGACGCCUAAGAGGCUGCAAUGUUGUUUAAAAUGUUUAUUCCUUCACGAGGGAUGCUGUCAUUUCGAUACAGAGGUACAACCAUACGGACAUCGGCAUUCAAACUUUUUGUGAUAGUGUUUUGUACCGUAAGCAUGGUUUUGUUUAUGCGUUUGCAAGGAUUGUUUUUGUCAAUGCCACUCACCGAAGAAAAACAUCUAUCCGGAAGCAAAUCGCUUACCAUCGACCACGAACAUAUAGGACGUUACCCAGUAGCGAGAACUACUUCAAAUUUACAAGAACCCCCAAGCAUACGAAGUAUGAUCGACACAGAGAAGUCAAUUUUACAAAACGACCUAUCCUUUGCGUCGAAAACAAUUCCUACGCCUUAUAAUUUACCCUCGCUCCAAUUGAACAUGAAAGAAUCUACUGUAGAUGUCGAAAAAAUAAGGAAAUACGUUCAAGAAAUAAAUAACCGAAAAGAGAUAAGAAACCUUGAAAAGUUUCCUGGAUCACUACGCGAUAAUUCUUUGGUGAUUAUAGUUCAAGUUCACAACAGACCUGACUACUUUUCCCAGCUAAUUCGUUCCUUGGGACGCGCUAGGGGCAUUCAAAACACCCUUCUAGUUAUCAGCCAUGAUUUUUACAACGAGGAGAUGGACAAAAUAGCGAAGGCCAUUGAUUUCUGCAAGGUCUUGCAGAUAUUCUUUCCGUACUCCAUGCAGCUUUACCCAGAUCAAUUUCCAGGGACUGAUCCAAAGGAUUGUCCAAGGGAUGUUACUAAAGAGAAAGCAAAGAUAAUGAAGUGUAAAAAUGCAGACCAUCCGGACAAGUAUGGUCAUUUCAGAGAGGCCAAGUUUACCAUGACAAAGCACCACUGGUGGUGGAAGGCUAAUACUGUUUUUGAUGGCUUGAACAUCACCAAGUAUUAUAAUGGGCCAGUUCUAUUCCUGGAAGAGGACCAUUAUGCAGCACCAGACUUUUACCAUAUUAUGAGACAGCUCUAUCAUGCUAAGCAAAGUGAUGCUAGCUGUGCAAAUGGCUGUGAUAUCAUGACUCUGGGGACAUAUACUGUCCCUGCAGACUAUAAAGAGGCUGGAGAGGAAAAGGUGGAAUUAGUUCCUUGGAAGUCGGUCAAGCACAAUAUGGGGAUGGCGUUUGACAGGAACACAUGGAAUAGGCUCAAAAACUGCAAAGAGAUGUUUUGCAAAUAUGAUGAUUAUAACUGGGAUUGGACUCUGAUGAGAAUGAGCAAAACUUGUCUUGGCAAGCCCCUUCAUGCGAUGGUCAUGAAAACCCCCAGGAUGUUCCACAUUGGGGAAUGUGGUUUGCAUCACAAGAAAAAGCAGUGUGAUCCACAGAAAAGCAUUGCUCGCGUUAACACCAUAAUCAACAACAACGAGCGCAGCUUCUACCCUGAGUCCCUCAUUUUAGAGCAGAAGCAUAGCGUACCUAGUAAUCAUGGGCAACCAAACGGAGGGUGGGGCGACACGAGGGACCACGCCCUUUGUCUGACCUAUGAUAAAAGCGCUAGGUGACACAAGCUAGGGCUCAUCAAUAGGAUAAGAAAAACAGUCAAUUUUUAUAGGCUAAAAUUUUUAUAAAGAGAUUUAUAGCAAAAGCUAUAUUUUGAAAAUGAACCUUUUUGACAGCAGGUGAAUAUUGUCUGCGAAUCUAGUCUAGGUGUUUAGCGAGUCUUGGUAUGUCAGUCACUGUCUUGCUCUGCAGGGCCGUAGCAGGGGGUGGGGCACUGGGGGGCAUGUACCCCCUCAGUAUUUAAAAAAAAUAACAACACAAUGACCAGUAGGGGCGUGGUCGUGCCCCCCAUAUUUCUUAAUGUUUCUGUAUUGUGCCCCCCCCCCCAUUUUAUCGAGGUCUGCUACGGCUCUGCUUUGUGUCUUUCAAGUGGAGUUCAUGUCAGUUUAGUUGAAGCAGUAUUGCCAAACAAGAAUGGAUCUAAUCUUAUUUUUGGCAGCAGAUCGAUUCCCACAAAGUGAUAAACAAAUGAUGUAUUCCGAGGAAAUCAAUUUAAGAAUGUCGCCUUCAUUAAUAAAUUAUCAUUUAAAAAUAAGGAAACUCUGUAAUAGCUGUUAAUUAAUUUUGUACAUUAUUUAUACCCGCAAAGCUGCGGUGACAAGACAUUCACAAACAUACGUGGUAGAUGUACAGAUUAUUUUUACCUUAUUUGUGUAGAAUAUCUAUAUAAAGCAGCCGAUGAAGCGAGGAACGGUGUUGCUUAAAUUGAAAUGUUCACUGGGAAGUCAAAAGUGUUAAGAGUUCCUCUCGCACUGCCGUCGCUUUUCCACUAGUGACCACUAGCGCUCACUGUCACCCCUCCCCCUCGGGGUGUUUUGUAAUCAAGGCCGUAUACCUUACCCUGGUUCCAGAGCCUCAAACGUCUCUCUAUUUAGUGGCCAGCGAGGUUGAGACGUUGAGACGAGUCAACCUUGCUGGCCACUAACUAGAGAGACGUUCGAGGCUCUGGAACCAGGGUAUAUACUCCCCUCCCCCCUGAGGGGGAACGUAAUUAGGUGAUAGCAUAAUUUUCACGCACUAACUUUUAAAAUUCACCGAUAUUCGCUUUUGUAACAAAAUAAUCGAGGCUUCUCUUGUAUCUCAUUAGAAACUUGCUUCAUCGGUAGAUAACUGUCUAUAGUUGAGAUAUAAGUAAUAAAAGAAAUACUGAAGUUGUAAAAAAAAAAUGUAAAGCGAGAAUUAGCGAAAGUAAAAUACUCCAUUUAAUAA